GUAGGUCGACUCAGCAUGAGCUUGGUGAUGGAAUAUUUGCCCUAUGGCAGUCUGAUUGGAUACCUGGAGAAGAACCGGCAGCUCGUCAACAACAGGAGGAUGUUGCUUUUUGCCUCUCAAAUCUGUAAAGGAUUGGAGUACUUGCAGAGCAUGCGCUACGUGCACCGGGAUCUGGCUGCUAGGAACAUUCUGGUAGCAAGUGACACACUGGUCAAAAUAGCUGAUUUUGGCCUGACAAAGAUCAUUCCCUUUGACAAGGAGUACUACCGUGUGACACAUCCUGGUGAAAGCCCCAUUUUCUGGUAUGCCCCAGAGUCCAUCACAGAGUCCAAAUUCUCCCACAAGUCAGAUGUCUGGAGUUUUGGAGUCGUCCUUCAUGAGCUCUUCUCCUAUUGUGAGCACAACUGCAACCCAAAGAAGCUAUAUAUGCAGGAGAUUGGCAAUGACAUGCAGGGUCUCUCCAUUUCAAUGCAUCUGGUUGAUAUCCUGAAGGACAACUGGAGGUUGCCUGCUCCACCACUCUGCCCUCCCAGAAUUCAUAGUAUGAUGACGGCGUGCUGGGGAUACAGCGCUGAGGAACGGCCAACGUUCUCCACCCUGGGAGAUCAGAUUGAGACCAGCAUCCAAGAUGAGAGAGAAGGUUCAAAAGGAUGAAUAUAACUGAAGCCAACCCUAUUAGAGAAUGUUGCAUUCUAACUUGAAAUAUACAUAUUCCUGUUACCAUAUUAGAACUUAUUGAUUACAUUACAUGUAUAAUAAAUGUACAGUUGAA